GCUGAAGGCGCCCGCUAUGCGGACCCCAUCGUGAUCUACGAAUCGCGGGACGAUACAUUAUCUGCUUGUCUCUCUCCCUCUUUCCUCUCUCUCCUCUCCCUCUCCCUCUCUCUCUCUCUCCUCCUCUCUUUCUCUCCUUCGCAUUAUCUCUCUUUCUCUUUCACACGCGCGCACAGACACACUCGCACACCCCCUCUCGGUUUAUCUACCCUCGGCAGCGGCCAGGGCGUCGUGACGAAAGCGUCGCAGUGGUUCGCGUAUCGCGGGAACAAAUGUGCACGGUGGACAGCAGUGUGACAUAGUGCGGCGAAGUAGGAGACGAAGAGAUCGGCAGGAGGGCAGGGGAGCGAGGAACGCGGGAAGAACAGCAGGAGGUGGAUGACGAUGAGGGGACACAGGAAGAGGGCGCCGAGCCCUGAUGAAUUCGCAUCUUCUACAUAGGGGAUCGUUCCGUCUCUUCGACGUCCGACGUGACGACGAGCAGCGAGCACGCCGAGGACGACGACGACGACGACGACGACAACGACGCCGACGACGACCACGACGUCGCUCAGGAGCCUCCACGAAACCAGCACUGCCGUUUGUUCUCCGAGAUGGCGGACGAAAAGGAGAAGCAGACGUUCAUGCAGAAGCUGCUGUUCUACACGACCGCGUUCUUCAUCCUCCUCAGCACCUUCAGUCUCUUCGCCUUCCUCUUCUUGGUCCCCUUCGUUAUCGACCCCGCCUUCACCACCAUCUUCAUGCAGUUUGACACUCGACCCGCCUUGUGCGUCACCAUCGACGUUGAGUCCAGAAGAGGUGCGAGCAAUUGCUCAUGGACAUCCUGUAGAGAGGGUUGUACUAAGGAGCUGUACGAUUGCACGCAAAUACGCGUCAACUAUAAGCUACCGGGUAACGUGUCCGAAGGGCCGGAUGAGGAAGGUGGAGCGGCGGGAGGUGUCGAGGAUGACGAAGAGAGCAAGAGGAUGCCGCGUUACGAGCGUUCCUUAGGGAACUUCGGCGAGUACGUCGAGGGCCUCGAAGAGGACUUCGAUGAGGAAGACGAGACCGGACUGCCGAAACCUUACCCUACAGGUCUCAUGGGCAACGACUCCGUGUGGUACUUCACCGGGGCCAAGCUGUUCCCCAACGUAAAAGGCUGUGGAUACCCUCCAAUGCUGAAUUGCAGUAUUUUCUACCGGCAGUACGCCAACAUAGGGCAGAACUUUAGCUGUUACUACUCGAAAGUGGACCCCGGGAUAGUCAUCAGCGACCUCGACAUGUGGCAGGUGUACAUGAACCUUGUGUACGCGAUGGCGAUUCCGAUACCGUCUUUCAUAAUCUCGGUGAUAUACCUCACCAUCGCCUACUUCAAGAUCUACAACGAAGACGAGGAGGUCCUUGUAGGCAAGGAAGAUGGCGAGGACGGGGUGGAAGGGGACGAGGGCAAUGGUACACCCUUGCCACCUACGAGCGGUGCACUGACGCCCGGAAGUGAAGCCUUCAGGGAGGAUUUGGCGAGCUUCGGGCACCAACUCAAGGUCGCGAUGGCCGACGACAUCAGCAGGGAGAGCCUCGAUGGGAUUCCCAACUCGCUCUCUGUUCAGGGAAACUUGAGCAAGACGAUGACGACGAGUAUCUCAACUCCCCCUGGGCCGACAGCGGCAGUCUGAAGCGUCAUUUUCAAGGUCUGAAUAAUAUCUCGUGGAGACCACACUAAGCGAUCUUAUCGCGUCCAUAAGAAACAAGACACGUUACGUUACUACAGUGCUCGGAAGAGCUCUGCUGACCGUGGAAGAGUCAUCUCUCUCUCAGGACCGACUAAAAUCCAUCCUCGCGAUUUACGGAGUGAACCAGAGGCACACUCGGUAGCCGAGUAAUACGAAUCGUACGCGUUCACGUACGGUGAUUUGAAGGGAACGUUGACAAAUCUCUGCCAUUCUAUCGUAAAUCUCUGUCACCGUAAAAGCGCCGACUAUACCUACCUACCUAUCUAUCUACCUAACAGAUGAUACGACGAUAUUUUGCGACACGGACUUUUUCCUACUCGAUAAUAGCUCAACUUACGGAGUCGCGUAUGUCGAUGAUGAUGAUGAUUCUGUCAACAGCUCGCGCGCACAGCCCAGGGACGACAGCCCGCGGGUCCUCCGAUCGCGCGAGCCUUCGGGGCGAGAGGGUGUCGUGUGCGCUAGAAAAGUUCUUCGUUUCUUGCAACGUUAAUGUCGGCGCGCGCUACGGCCGUUAUUCCGCGUGCCGAAUUGAUUUACCUCGCACGAUGCCUUCUUCGUAUAGCUUGUCUAAGUGCGGCCCGGUAAAGUCAAACAAAUUCGCGAAUCACGUGCCUGUACACCGCAUCCCGCAAACGCGAAGAGUCUGGCCCUUACGUUGAGGAGGAGCUUACCGCGCUCGUAUACACACACGCGAGCGUUUCGGGUACACUAUAUAUUUUUGAACGAUUUUCCACUACGCGUCGCGGCGGCGUCGCGCCUCGCAAACGGGGAAACAAACUGUCAUUUUGAAGGCAACAUAAGUCCGAGAGUUCAAAUUCGAGGAAACACGCUGUGUCUCUCAGCCAUGGGAAAAUUGAUGUACAUAUAGUAUCGAUUCAACGACAUAAUUUUCGAAUUACAACUGGAGUGGAGUUACUCAGCUGAUAUGGAUCGAAAGGACUUACGUUGUUCUUAUCACACAUACACAAACACAUACAUAUAUAUACACACAUAUACGUAUACACAUACGUAUACACAAACCCACCACUACUAUUCCACGCCCCACAUUUCAUCGAUUAAUUCGACGGAUUUGUACCGAACCGAGACUCGGGGACUCGUGCCGUUCUCAAAAUGACCGACGCAAAUUCUUGCAACGAAGCGCACACCGAGUAAAACGCUCCCUCUGGUUCACUCAAUGGUACCGGGCGAACAUCCCAGCCGGAGAACGCAGAGGAAGGAAGGAAGGGAAGACGGAGAGGCGAGGCUCAGCUCGCGGUAUCACCACGAUAUCUGUAUAUUAAAGUCACGAGUUAUCUAUGGACUAAAAACUUAAAUUAUUACGAGCUAAAUACCGUUAAAUACGUUACGAGAGUACUACCAGAUAAUUCGCUUGCUGUGUGAUCAUGAUGCGUCCACUCACGUGCAUCUUAGACACUUUUAUCAGACACACACCGACGACACACGUCCGUUCCACUUAUAAAAUUACUUGGCGACACGCUUUGUGCAGAUAAAAAAAAACGCGAGAGAAAGAAAGAACACAAAAAGCAAAAAAAAAAAAGAAAUUAAUAAAUAAAUAACGCGCGAUUCGCAAAGUCCACCCCCGCACCGUUGCGGCCUCGUCCAUAUAUUACGAUCUCCACACGCACAAUUCCAGCGUUCUUUAGGGUACCUGACUGAUAAGUCGCUCGAAGAAACGUAGGAGGUACCUUUCGCGAGAGAGUCAUACGACUACGUACGCGUUCAAAUCGAUACGAGCACACAGGACGAGAAAACGUACGAAUUUCCUCGCCAAAAUCCACGAGAGUGCUUCAGUAACAAAGCCAAAUCCGAGAUUCGGUCUGUUGUUUUUAGGUGUGCAUUCAAUUAUCACUCUCAGUCCCUCUCUUUCUCUCUCUCUCUAUACUUCAGACGGGACAAUUAGGCGCCGCUGUUUCGGGGAUCGAAGCAAGGAGGGAGGGAACAAGCGUCGAGAGAGAGAAAGAGAGAGAACGCAGCUAAGAACAACCGACUGCUAUCGUCGCUAAAUUUCUUCAGUGCCGUUUGUAUCUUAACAUUAUAUUUUUACAAGAUCGAACUAUUCCGAUUGCGCAUAAGUUUAAAUGGGUCAUCGGGCUUGCCCCUCGAGAGGCGAAGCGUACUCGGGCCCGGGGCGGUUUAUAAAUCGUGACCUCGAUAUUAUCAGUCGUAAUGAGCUUCGUGCUACUCCUCAGGCUUCGAAAGAACGGCUUGUCUUAUUAUCGUCUCAAUGUCGGCCGUGAACACGAUUAGCCGUACGCCACGUUAUGAUUUUGUAAAGCGUUAACGUCACCUGGAAUAUCGACCAAACGUUUGCCGCAUGGAAACUGCUCCCUUCGAAUACUCCCUCCCCCGUGCCGUAGUAGUUUAAGGUGUCCAAGCGUCAAGUUGCGAGCGCAUUUGUAUCGUACUCUUCGAGUACCUCACUCAUUCUCUCUUUUAUUCGGGAUGGCUGAAUUAUUUGUAAUUAUUUAAGACUACUGAAGCCACUCGCGGGAGAAUAUCGGGCGCGUUCCAUGCGGCAUUGAAUCGGGCGAGACGCAAAGCACACAUACACAUACACACACGCGCACACGUGUGUAAUUAUCGCUCGACUAUCGGUUGACGUUUCCGAAAUUCGUGCUGUUUCUGCGAUCAUACACACAUACACACACGUAUAUACACUGAAGAAUGUGCAUACACGUAUGCGACACAUCGCCACGACACACACACACACACUCUACACACAUCGGUAAAAAAUCUAUGGAAAAAAAGAUAAUUUAAUUGUUUUUAUGGAUUAAGAACAAGUUGUCUGUGAUCUACAAUAAUUAAAAAAAUAUUUAAUAAGUAUUAACAGAUAAAAGUAUAAUUGAAAUAAUAUCGAUAAUGUUGAAUGAUGUGGAAGGAAGAAAUUACCGAACGGAAAAACGAACGGAUUUUAUUGGUAUACAAGUUGAGCACAGAUUUCCCGAGGCAUUGGUAGAGCAAUACGAUAGCGAGAGGAGGUAAAAUAUUGCAUUAAAAGUCACUGCAGAGGAAUUUUAGGAAAAAAAAGAGAUAUAUAUAUAUAUAUAAUUAUAACAAAUAGAGACUUAUACGAUAGAGCACGUAACGUCUGAGGACACUUCAAAUCGCUGCUGUUAAUCUAUACUAACUCGCGAUAUAAAACAAAAAGGUGCGUGCUGCAUUCGGAUAGAGAGAGAGAGUACCAAUAAAAAAUAAAUAUAUAUAUAAAUAUUAUAUAUGAGACACACUUAACCGUCGCGGCUAAAAGUACAUAGGAUUAGAUAGAUUUAUAGAAGCGCAAAACACCAAAAAUCGUUCCUUCCACCCGCUCCGGCCGUGUAUUCGAUUAUCGACUUUAAAUAUGUCACAUCUCAUACGUGAAAAGUCAGAGCUCUGUGAAUUUGUAAAAGCGCACUUCAGAAUGCAAUUAGCAUCGUCAUUUUACUAAAACGAAACAAAAAGGAUGAGGUAAAACACAAGAGAAAUUAUAUAUACGCCUAUGCCAUCACCGAAUAAUAAGUUGUUCAACGAGCGUUGCGAAAGAUGUUCGGGAUAAUUUUUGUGCAGUUCUGGCACACACAAAGAAGAAGUGUAACAUCGCGCGUCGUCGUCUUUAUAUUUAUGUACAUUUCAAUUAUUAUAAAUUUUUCGAUAUUAUUGUCGAACUAUGAUCGAUUUCGUGUGAAAGUGUAUAUGGCUUUUUCUGCGGUUAACAAUAAAAUGUUGUCAAAGCUUUUUUCACGGUA